CUUGAGUCUUGAAGUGAUCGACCAAGCUACGGAUAGACGUCCUGUACCUAUACUGGUGUUAGAAUUUAGGGAACUCUGUAUUAUUCCUUGGUUACUCGGACCUUAUCGUUGUUAUCCGCACCCCUCCAGUCAAGUGCCUGACUUCAGCUACGGGAGUCUACAUGCGCGGUACUAGCUCUUGUCCUCUCUACCGCGUGGAUGUCUUUGGUCAUCCUCCUGAUCGCGCAGUCAUGAUGUAGAAUGGCCGCAGCGCGCACCAGCGGGAUCUCAGCGGAUCAUCUUUACGACUGAUGUCUUCUACCCCUCUCAUACUAGAACCCCGAACCGGUUUUAUCCUUUACCACCACAAUACAUAGCACCUCAAGCUAUCGACGCCUUCGAGGGACCGCUCCUCUAGAACACUCGACCCGCUACCACCAACAACAUGCCCGACGUCCACCGAACUGCCCUGGCGGAAGAUAGCGCCGAAGUCGAGGUGCUCACUGCCAACAUCGAUAAGCUGGAUGGACUCAGGAAGAAGAUCCAAGGCUCCCUGAACAGGUUGGAGACCAAUGGCAAGAAUAUGGAAGACGCGAUUCGACCGGUCUACGGUAACACGUCGGGGCUCCAGACGAUGAAUGGCAACAUCGACCAUGUCAUCGAUGCGAUCGAUCGGAUAUUCGAGCCAGUUGAGGGGGCCCGACGAGAAGAGCGAAUCGUGAAAGCAGGUCCCAGGCAAGUGGGAUUGCCAGACUACAUUGCAUCGCUGGAGCGGGCGACGCGUUCGUUAGCAGAGCUAAAGAACUCGAACUUCCAGUGCAAUCAGCAAGCAAUGAGCGAGAUUGAGACGUGGCUGAAAGGAGGCACCAUGCAGAUGGAAGACAUAUUCAGGGAUACAUUGCGAGAAGAUGCUCGGCCAGUUGAACCGCUCCAUUUUAUCACCAAGCAGCUUCCAUUCCCGAAGAUUCCACAAGAGAAGGUCACAUUAUUACAAACUAUCAACACACACAUCAUGGAUUCUGUUGCCCAGACCUCGACACAGGGGAAGCGCGAGUAUCCUUCGGUGAAGAUCUAUACCGACGUCCGAGGCGAGUAUAUUGCCAUCUCACUACGCAACCUUGCUUCGGCGUCGGUGUCGACAGCGAGAAAAACAUCACCGGAUACGCUGUAUCGGCGAGGGACGUCAGGUAUCGGGACAUACGCGAAUUGUCUGGCGGGACUAUACGUAUCCGAAUACGAAAACGUAUACAUCAUCUUUCCGCGAGAUGAGUGGAUCAGGGUGUUUACCACCACGUGCAACAGCAGCUUCUCAGAGUUCAAUAAAACCCUUCGAGAGCUGAACAACCACAUCAAAUCGAACAUCAUUACGGAUUGCUACCUUGCCUUCGAAAUCAUCGAAGUGAUCCAAAAGGUGUCGGUGGAUCUGGAACGCACCACCGGAAGCGCCAUGAAAGUCCAAUUGUCCGAUGCGCUCAAACCAAUCCGAGACACCGCGAAGGCAGCAGUGACUAUGCUGCUCGAGGAUACCCGGUCCCGCGCGCAAAGCCUCGCUGUCCUACCUUCGGAUGCAUCGACCAUCCCGCUUACCGCGGAAGUCAUGAGGCGCCUCCAAUCAUUGGCCGGCUUUUUGGAACCAUUGACCAGCGUCAUGCGAGCUCUUGGAGACGGAGGGUGGUCCGCGUCCUCGUCCAGCGCGGCGUCUAGCAAUAAGGCAUUCGAUGUGGGAGCGGAUGGCCCGUCGCUGUUCGCACACUAUGCCAGCGAUAUGCUCGACGCCCUCGUCGGCUCGCUGGAGGGGAAGGCGAAGCAAAUGAAGUCUCGAGGGGUGGCCGGGAUUUUCAUCGCCAACAAUGUGGCGGUGAUCGACCGCGGCAUCCGGACGAGCGAGCUGGCCAGUCUUCUUUCCGGGCUGGCUCCGAAGGUGGAGAUGUGGCGAAAGAAGUCGGUUCAGGCAUACGUCGACGCAUGGAAGGAAUGCUCGAUCCUGCUGUUCGACGUGCAAUAUACGAAUCGAGCGCCGCGACCUCCGUCGACGGCGGCUACCGUGGAUUCGGCGGCCAUGAUCAAGUCGAUGUCGUCCCGAGACCGGGAUGGGGUGAAGGAAAAGUUCCGACAGUUCAAUACGUCAUUCGAUGACCUGGUUUCCAAACACAAGCAGCUCAAGAUGGAACGGGAGGUCCGAAGCAUGGUGCAGACGGAGAUCACGCGGUUGAUUGAGCCGAUGUAUGGGCGAUUCUGGGACCGGUACCAUGAGGUGGAUAAGGGAAAGGGAAAGCAUGUCAAGUAUGAUAAGCAGACGUUGACUAGCAUCUUGCAGAGUCUUGGGUGAUGGGGAAUGGGAGUUGAGUACUGUACCAGCAGAUAUGUGGGCUUAGGGUGAUGAAUGGCACACCAAUUAACUUCAAUACUUUGGACAUGGUGUCUCUGACGGUGGUGUCCGAUGGGAGGAGGCAUCUCAACCCGUCGUCUCGUAUCAAUACAUCCGUCCAUCCAAGCCUAGAUGUGUUCAUCCAUACCUUAUCC